AUGAUAGCAAUGAUAAAAUUUAGUAUACUUAGUAAUUCCGGCGGCGCAACAACCAAAAGUGAUACUUGGCCGACAACGAGACAAAAGAACACCACCUUCAACGAUUUUGAUUCUGCUUUCCAAUUGACCACUUGGAGCUCGCGCAGGGCCCAGUGGGUCAGCGACAUCUGGGCCGGUCCACGGUUCAUUGUUUUAUGCAGAUAUGCUUUCUUGACACUCCGAUUCUCUCCCAUUGUCUUUAAGGUCGCAACCAACACUCCUCACUUGGUCAGUCUGGGAACUGGAAGACUCAGCACUGCAGUCACUCUUCAUCCUAUAAAACAAGGUCGUGUCACAAUUGGCUCGGAUCCCACGUGCGACAUAUACGUGGUGGGUACCGGUGUUGCCAGCAUUCAUUGUCGUGUAGAAAACUCCCACGGGGUGGUCACACUGUACCCUGUUAGCGGUAGCACGCUGUUGGAUGGGCUGCCAGUUGACAAACCGACUCGGCUAUCGCAAGGCAGUAUGCUGACUAUAGGCAGGUCGAAUUACCUACGCUUCAAUCAUCCCGAAGAAGCAAAGCUGAUGAAGUCUGUUCUCCCUUCAGGGCAUGUGUCGAUGGCGCCUAUACAGUUCCAACCGAACGAGCAGUGCUUGCCGGCAGGAUAUGUUAACCAUGACCCCAAUCAAUGUUACCAGAACACCAAUCUUAAUAAAAUCUACAAGGACAACUCGCUCACGCAACUCGAUAAAGAACUAGACAUGACCCUCAAAGAAAUGUCCAGAAAGAAACCACCGACCGUCCCCAAAAAGCCCUACAAAGACGACACGUCAGAUUCAGAACAAGAAAGCAGACCCAAAAUGGGCAGUAUUAUGGCUAAAGUAUCGAAAUUCGAAUAUUACGCAAAACAACAUAAGAUCGGUCGAAGUCAAUUCUACACGAACAACGAAAAUGAAAUAUCGCCAAAAGUCUUCAGUUCAAACUCCUUAACAGUCAACACACCCGCAAAAGACGUGUUGGGCGGUCGGAACAUACCAAAUUAUAUGUGUCAAAUAAAGCAAGAACAAAAAAUGAUUGUUCUUAACGAAAACAAUAGCUUGGACCCAAAGAAUUGCUCCUACGCGAAUGUUGCAAUACGUAAGGCGAAAAUUGAUAACAUGGUCCGAAAUUUCGAUGACACAAAGACGGAAAGAGUGAAAAAAGUCAAUAAUGAUCAACAGAGUCGACCCGAUAAUCAUAUUUAUGGUAAAAUAAAUGUAGAUAGGCGACCGGAUAUUGAGAAAAAUGAAAAAAAAUCAGAUCCAUAUAAAAAUUACAAUAGCGCUCAAAACUACCAAACAAAUGAGUAUAAAAGCUAUCAAGACUCGUUUCACAACCAAUUCAAGCAGGACCCGUACAACAGUCCCAAAAUAUACAACAAUCUCCAAGAUACCCAAAAAAUCCAGGAAACAUACGCCUCACAAGAACCAUAUAGAAAUCCCCAAGAACCAUACAAGAAGCCCCACGAACCCAACAAAAAUACACACGAAACAUACCAAAAUCCCCCAGAGGCAUACAAGAACCCCCAAGAAGCAUACGAAAGCCCCCAAGAGUCUUACAAAAGUAACGAAGAUUAUAAAAUCAACGAAAUAGGCGUGGAUGUUUCAAAUGAUGGUAGAAAUGAAUACGCACGUGUCUGUGAUUUACAUAUUUCAUCAACUUUCGAUCGGAAUCCUCAGUAUUCACCAGUUUAUUCGAAUUAUGGUUAUGAGAGGAGCUUUGAAGCGGAGACUAAGAGAAAACAGAUUCUACAUUUAGCCUUCUGUGCCUCAGAUACACGCCGUCGGAACUUUGGGCCUAAUGCCGCAUUACAUUCAGGUUUCAGUGAUCAGGUAUUGUAA